CUUAUAUUAGUUUAUUGAAUGGACGAAAUUCACAACAUAUUUUCAUCUUCAUUCCUUUCUCUUUGUCAGUGACAGCUGACAAUGUUAUGAAGUUGAAAGUAUGUUUUCUGUAGUGAACCAAUGUAGUUAACGUUCAAGAGUGUUAGUUUUAAAAUAGCAGUUAGGAUUUUCUUUUUUCUUUCUUUUUUUUGUAUGGAAAUGAGAUUUCAUCGAAGAAGACACUUCCAAAUCAACUUUAUUGGUUCUUGACAAAUCCAGUGUAUAUCUUUAAAACUGAUUUUCAUGUCAAGCCUCAAAACACUUUCACUUCAUUGUAACCAAAAAGUAAGGCCCAGUUUGAGAUGGUUUAAAUGGCCUUUCAAGUUCAAGAAACAACUAGUGAAGAAGAGCGGAUAAAGAUUGAUUGGGAAACAACUGAAAAAGAUAUUUUGUCUCAACCGUCUGCUGUUGAAAUUGAAGUAAAUGAAAAUCUCAACAGCAACUUAAAUAACAGUCAUAAAGUUGUUGACUACAGUAAACCGAUUGUUGAUAACAUCUCAAAUCACACUGAGAGGUUCUUUCUUGUUGGUGAAGAAUCAACAUGUGUUGGAAAGAAAGGCGACGAAAAUGGGGUAUGUAAUGGAGUUUAUUUUCAGAAUGUUAAUACCAAUGAAGUAGAUGAUCCAGGUGAGACAAAUGAUUGUGUUCAGUUAAAUCCAAUGAAGGACACAUUCACUAAUAUGAAACUUCCAUCUGUGCCAGUAAAAGAAAAUAAGGAUUGUACCAUUGAUUCUGAUUUGAAUGUAGAUUUUCAAAGCAUUCCAAACCAGACAAUGGAUAUUCAAACUCUUGAAGUGUUCCAAAUUGGUGAUGUAGCACAGAUAAAUCAUGUUCAUUUUAAUGAAACUAAUAAGACAUUGGAUAGUACAAAGUCUAUUUCACUGCUAAUAAAUGAUAAUCAAGACCACAGCACUAUUGAUUCUGAUUUGAAAAUUGAUUCAAAAAUCAUCCUAACUCAACCAAUGGAUUUUCAAACUCUAGAACCCCAGAAAGUAGGUGAUCAAGAUGACAAAAAUGGUUCUGUUCAAUUAAAUGAAAUCGAAACUAUAUCUACCAAUACGGAUACAACUGUGACAGUGAAAGAAAAUAAGGAUUAUACUGCGCAUUCUGAUUUGAACAUGGAUUCUAAAAUUAUUGUAAACCGUGCAAUUGAUACUGUUUCUUGUGUAUAUCCCAAUAUUGAUUAUCCAGAUUUACAUAAAAGUGUUGAUGUGAACAAUGGAAACUUAGUUAAUGAAAACGGUGAUAAACAAUCACCUUCUGAAACUAUAAGGAAUUCAAUUGAAACUUUAACCAGUUAUAUAAAUAUUUCUGAAGAUCUCGGCGAUAGGGAUAGCAAUAUGUCCAGUGAGAAUGAAAGCCAAAAUUCAAUAGAUAGUGACGAAACGACUGAUACAGCAAGCAUCAGUAAUAAUCAUAAUGUUGAGGAAGAAAUCAGUGAACAUAAUUGUCUUUUUCACCCAGCAUAUGUUCAAACAUUGACUGAAAUUAACUUUAAAGAUGAGAAAAUUUCAGAAUUGGAGGAAACGGUUAAAAGGCUGAGAGAAGUACUUAAUGAGGAAACUUCGAAAUCUGAACGUAUUUCUGAGCUUGAACAACUUCUAUCCCGACAUGAAAAAGAGUUAUCGUUAAUUAAAAGAGAACAGGAAAUUGAUAAACAAGGUUUCACUUUGGCAAAAAAAGAGUAUGAAAAUAAAUGUGCUAUUUUGAAAAAGGAUAUUGAAAUGGCUAAUAGAGAUAAGGAAAACAUGGUUAUGAGAUACGCUGUUAGUGAGAAGGAAUUAAUCGAUAUCAAGAAAGAAAAAGAAACUCUCUUAAAAAAGUUAAAAGACACUGGAAAGGAAAACGAAUCAUUAUUAGAUCGAAUGAAAAAUCUUGUGAGCGAUAAAUCAAAACUUUCUCAAUUAUUGGAUACUAAGACAACCGAUCUAUCUACAGCUCAUAAAGAAAUUGACAGAUUAAAAGAAGAAAUCAAUGCGAGGGAUAUAAAAAUUAAAUGGACUCAAAACAAAUUAAAAACGGAAAUAGAAGCUCAUAAGGAGUAUCCUUCGCAAAUCGACAGAUUAAUGAUUAGAGUUCGAUGUCUUGAAGAAGAUUUGAGUAAUGCGAAAACAGAAUCUCAGAAUUUAAAAAAACAGUUGGAAGAUUCUGAACAAAACAAAAUUUUAGAAAGCCAAUUAAAAGAAGAACAAGCAAAGUUAAUUAUGCAGAAAUAUGAACAUUCAGAAAUUGAAACAAAGUAUAAAGCUCUUCAAACGAAGUAUCAAUCUAUGAUUGAAGAGAACAACAGUCUAUCAUUUCAGGUUCAAAAUUUAGAAACAGAGAGACUAGAGCUUGAAAAAAAACUUAGCUCAUCGAGGGAGGAUACCGAGAAAUUAUCAAAUACUGUUUCUGAACUUCAGUCAAAUCUUGUGGAACUGGAUUCUUUAAAUUCUCAACUUAAGCAAUCAGAAGACAAAAUAGAUACUUUAAUGAGUGAGAUUGAACGUGUUAGACACCAAAAUGAGGAACUGUUACAGGAUAUGUCGGCAUGCCGUGCUAGAGAAUCUGAAAUGUUGUCAUUUACUCAGAAAUUAACAACAAAAAAUGUCCAAUUACAGUCAGAAUUUUCUACUCUUGAGACCAAAGCUGCUACAUUGGAAAAAAAAGAUGAAAAAAGUCGAAUUGAAUUAAAAGAACUUAGAGAAAAACUAAAUGAAGUUCAAACUGAACUUAUGAAAGAAAAAGCAAAAAGGGAAGAAGAGACGCAUCUUCUGGCCAGACAGAUUGCAGAAAAAACAAGAAAAAGUGAAACUUUUGAAGUGGAUUUAGCUGAUACAAAAGCAAAUUUAACUCAAUCAAAGGUUAAACAUGCAACUGUAGUUAAGGAGCUGCAGAGGGAGCUGUCGCUAUUAAGAAGAAAGUUAGACAGUCUCGAGGCUUCAGGUCAUGUUUCAUCGGCUAAUUCUGUUUCCGAAUCUCCCUAUGCACAGGCAUGUGAUGUAUCGAAAGAAAUUCUGGUGGGACGUAUUUUGAAAUUGCAAUCUGAAUCUGCAAAAUCGGCAGAAAAAAUUGAAUUUUUAGAAGAUCAUGCUUCUCAACUUUUAACUGAAGUUCAGAAGCAAUCUCGCCUACUUCAAUCUUACAUGCUUCGGGAAGAAGCAGGAGCACUAGCACCUUCAUUUUUGGACAACCAUAAAGCAGAAGUGUCGAAGCACGGUGGGAUCAUGGCUUCUCUUUACAGCAGCACCCAGCAGGAUGAAGGUAUGUCUUUAGAACUCAGUCUUGAAAUCAACAGAAAAUUGCAAGCCGUUCUUGAAGAUACUUUAUUGAAAAAUAUUAUGCUGAAGGAAAACUUGGAUACACUUGGAGAUGAAAUUGUAAGGCUAAAAGAGAAAAAGUAAUGUUUUAACUUUUUGUCUUCCAAAAUAUUUUAUCGCUGUCAUGAUGGAUACCCAUAUGAUGGAUCCAAGCUAUUAAAACAACUUAGUGAUUGAUGUAAAUAAAUUUUUAUUUGUUUA